CGACAAGCCAAGCAACAAACAGCGUUGGCUCCUCGUGCGGGUACAAAUAUAUUACUGCCUGCGAGUGAUUCAAACAUUGCUCUGCUUUUACUUACUAAAACUUGGUCAGAUUAGCCAAUUUACAAUCCUGACGUUUGGUAGACUUGACCCAACCUCCGCCGCUGCUCUGGAACUUUACUCGCAAUACGACAUGUCCAAUAACACUAGAAAGAAGAGCUGCAGGGAAUGCUCGAAAGCAAAACGCCGCUGUAACCUCAGCAAUCCAUGCAAACGAUGCAUCGAUCGCUCACUUGCCUGUAUCUACACAAAUGCCCCUUCUCGAGUAACGCCUUUCCCACGCGGAAGUGUCAGACAAGAUCCAUCUGCUGAACCAGUACACAAUCGACAAAUUUCUCCCAAUGCUGCAACUCAGACGUGGGAGAAAAUCCUUAGUAUCAGCUCCGACACGCCCGGCUCGAUAACACUGGACGAAUCAAACGACGAAGCUGCUGCAUAUGCAGCUUUCCUGCCCGAUCUUCCAGAAACCCAGGUUAUCAAUACAGAAACAAAUAAGUUGUGCAUUGAGAACAUUAUGAUUAGUGGGUCAGACUAUCGACGAGCAGAUUAUCACAAAGUGACUUCUAUCUGGGACAAGUUCACACACGAGACCCUCGCCGAUCCUAAUUCGCGGCUCAACAACCAGAUCAAGGAUAUCAAAUCGUACCAUAGUGAGUUCGCUAGUCUCUGCCAAACUCCAUGGCUGCAUCGACGUCUGUACAAGAGUGGUAUGCCAGACAUCAUGUUUUCUGCAUACAGGGAUUGUGUCAUGUAUAGUCAGAAGACAGAGCAUAAUAAGGGACUGGUUUAUCGAUCUCUUGAAGAAAGCAUCGAUACACUCCUCUCAUUAGAGGCUAUGACUAAUGGCGGAGAGCUACUGGUCCGGGUGCAGUGUCUUUUGCUUUACCAAAGCAUGCAAUUGUUCGAUCAGGAUGUACGGCAGCAAUGUUUGGCUGGAUCAAGGAUGAAAACGCUCGAACUUUGGACGGACGUACUAGGGGACCUACGGGAUGCUUCACCUGAACUCUCAAACAAAACAGUCCAGCAAGUCCCUGUAUGGGAGUCGUGGAUUUAUGCAGAGUCUCUGCGACGUACGGUCAUAGCCUCAUAUACCUUGAUCACACUUCAUUACAUGUUGAAACAGGAUAUUCCCAGCCAAGGAGGAUGGACAAGAAGCCAGCCCUGGUCAAUUUGCCAGCAAGUUUGGUCCACUCAAUCUUCUUUCGAUUUUCUCAGUGUUUGGGAGCAGGAUCCUCCUGUUACCGUAAGUUGUUUAUUAUUAGAUGAAUUUCUGGAGCAAGGCAAAGCGGAUGCAGUCGAUGACUUUGCUCGCAAUAUGCUUGUUACUUAUAUUGGUCUCGACGAAACAAAGCAGUGGUUCAAACAGAGAGGGUCAACCUACUAAAAGGUACCGCGGACGCAAGAGACAUUCAUGUCCGCUUCAAAUGGGCCGUAAUCGGUUCGAAUAUCAAAUUCCUCUAUUUGACGUCGUCGAGCGAUACUAUGGUGCUCGGAAGUCGUCUCCGACGCCGCAGGUGGAACUCCGCUGUACUCCACCUCCACAAGCUGCGGACAGCAGCGGUAUUCCGCACACCGCAGCUCGAAUUGGU